ACCACACAUUUAAACCAGUCGUUAGCUUCAUAACUAAGUGAAACCUUCUGCUUUUCAUCUACAGGUCACACUAAUCUAAUAAUCUCAUAAUAACUCAUUCAGCAAAAUAGCUUAUAUCACAUUAACUGAAGAAUCUCAACACGAAUCGAUACCUUCCACCACCAAACCAAGAGUUGCAGAUCGGCGGCGGCUUAGCUUCACCGCAUCUCUCAUCCGUCGCCGGCAGUUUUACUUUUACUUUUCCGAUGGAAAUAAUUUUACAGUGUUUUGUUUGUCCAAAUGACUUAAUGGGCCAAGAAUGAGCUAUUGUAGCCCAUUUGCAUCUGUUUAAAGCACAUACAGAGUGAUGAUUGAGAGAGGGACUCUUCAUCAAAUUCCUUUCCAAUCUUGUCUUGGGGUUUUUUUUUUUUGUCUUUUACAUUUUCAUAUUAUUGUGAAAAAUUGGAGGAUAGUGAAGAUGAAGACGACGAAAGAAGGGAAUGCGAUGAACCCUACCGAUGCCAUCCGCAAAGAGCAACGAAAGAAAGACUUGAGACGUAACAAGAUAGAGAGAAAUAAAGUAAGAGAGGUGGGAAUUUUGAAGAAGGGUCCUGAACAAAUCAAGGAACAAAUCAGAAAACUCGAUAUGCCAACUUGUCUUAAUAUAUUACAAGAAAACAAAGCUGAGAAAGACACUCCCGUUCGUUACCAACUAACACGAGCUGAGAAAGACGCAAUCUUUCGCUCGGUAGUGCCAAUUCAGAAAGGACGAAGAUUUGGAGUCGGAUCCAUACCGUUUGAUGAAGAAGUGGGGCAAAGUUCAUACAAGAAAUCGUGCGAGGCAAAAUGGCGAGAAACUGAAGACAAUUAUCUCCAAACGCAAACCAUGCUUUCAGAGAUUAAGGCAAAUAUUAAAAAGUUGGAGUUGGAGCAUAAAUGCGAAGAUGUCGUCUUUUGGUGUAGUAUGAUGGCCCAACUUUAUCCAAAUUUGGUUCCACCAUCUCAAAGAAACAAAUCCGCCUCCACCGAGCCCGUUACUGAUUUGAAGUUGUGAUUUCAUUUUUAUUUUCUCUUGUUACUUUUGUUUUUAAUUUUCGUUGAACAAUUUUGUUUUCAUUUAUACAAUCUCAAACUCCUGCUACAUUCUAGCGAAAAA